AUGAGUGACAGCGCCUCUCUGAGUCCUCCAGCGCCAAACCAGGGUUCUACCACCCCACGCAAAGGGCCCCCUAAGUUCAAGCAGAGACAGACUCGACAGUUCAAGAGCAAGCCUCCUAAGAAAGGAGUGAAAGGGUUUGGCGAUGACAUCCCGGGCAUGGAGGGGCUAGGAACAGAUAUCACGGUGAUCUGUCCCUGGGAAGCGUUCAGCCACCUGGAAUUGCACGAGCUUGCUCAGUUCGGGAUCAUAUGA